GAGUAUUAGGGAUGAUGGGCCCUCGACGCGUGCGGUCCUCGUCCAUAAUCAGGAGGGUUGAGUUCGGCCCCAAACGGAAUUCCAAGUGCGAGCUCCGCGCAGUCCGCUCGAAAGCGUCGCCGUGACAGGAUUACAGUUGCAUUUCAGGAAAGCGCGCGUGAACUUUCGCGUAUUUUCAGUGAUUCGAAUUGGUGGUGUGGCAGUUUCGUUGAUGUGCUGGGGGCCGGUCAAGGUGUCGUCACCAUGAGAUGUUCCCAACGUCUGAUAUUAUUGCUAAUUGCGACGUCAGUGUGCAUGGGUGCGACGUCGACCAGUUGGAAAAAAAAGGAGCGGAAGAGGGAAAAGGUGAAGUCUCAAAGAGAUGCAAAUCUUUGCACAAUGGAAGGAAACGCGGCCGCUUUGCAUUGCGUUUGUGUGGGAGGGUCGCCCCCUGUCAACACGACGAGCGCCGAGUGCUGGGUGUUCACCGGAGUCUCCAAAGAUCACAGCAUAUGGUCCCUGUUUGCGACUCAGCCGCACAUCACCCAGCUGAAGUUCCUCGUCAGGCCGCAAGGACAAUUCACCUUCGUACCCACCAAAGGAUUGCGGCACUUGAACCACCUCAAAGAGCUGGAGAUAAUGUACGCCAGCAUAAACGAGAUUCACCCGUACGCCUUUGCGAAUAGUUCGUCUUUGCGGGAAUUAACGCUGUCGAGGAACCAGAUCGUGGUGCUUGAUCACCACGCCUUUGCGCAUCUUACCAACUUGACGGAGCUGUCCUUGGAAGAGAACAGGAUAGCGGAGCUACGUAGAGACGUGUUUGUCGAUUUGCCACGCUUGCGGAAGCUUUACGCGGCUCACAACAAUUUGAGUGUGAUACAAGAAGGGGCAUUUAGACAUCUCGCUCAUCUCUUGGAGCUGGAGCUGGACACGAACUAUAUAAGCGUGCUGACCAGAGACACGUUUACAGGACUCGGCGAGCUGAAAAGGCUUGAUCUCAGCUAUAACAAAAUCAGCAUGCUCGGAGAUCUCACUUUCUCGGAGUUGUGGGUUCUGGAGGAGCUCAGUUUGGAAUACAACCAGAUUGAGUUGAUUUCAAAUCGCGCAUUCGCUGGCCUAAAUCAUCUGCGAAAACUCAGCCUGAGCCAUAAUCGUUUGGCUGUUCUGUCAGGGGGACUUUUAGGAGGCGUUCCCACCAUAAUCUAUCUAGAUCUACGAUCCAACUAUCUCGAGACGAUUACAUACGACAGCGUACAGCCCAUCAUUCAUAAUCUGAAAAAUGAGAGCAGCCACUUUUACAUCGCAGAUAACAAAUUCGUCUGUGACUGUCGUCUGGCCUGGCUGCACAAUUUACGUAACGAAACGAAAAAUCCGUCGAUCCGAAACACCCUGGACGAGAUCACAUGUUAUAUGGAAUCUCCGGGUCAAAGUUUAGCCCGGGGCACAGUGCCCUCGCCGACCACCGCUCCCAGAACAGUCGAUAACCAAUUUCCUGAAAACGCUGAAGACUACAAAUACGACUACGAGACCGUCGAAUACGACAACGACAUCUACGAUCAGCAGCAGGACAGCUCCUUGAAUUACGUGACGGCAUCCGGUCCCAAGGACCCCAGGAAGCGGCAUCUAUUCGAGAUUCCGCUGCAGGAAUUGCCCUGCCCGCAGCAGGAGCAUCCGACCGAGGCGCCCAGGACCCUUCUGCACACCCCGGGAUACGCAGGGAUCAACGCCAGCGGCGCCCCCAGGCUCCUGGGCGCCCUCGGCUUAGUGCUAAGCGCCAUGUUCUUGAACAUGACGUAAAAUCGGCAAGGACUGGUCGAGUGUGGCUGUGUACAGGAAUCAUUGUGUGGGAGUUUGAUCGAGUACAACGCGCAAAAGGACGGUUUUAGGUCAGAUUGUGCCCAUUGUUCUAAAGACUGUUAGUCCUACUCUACACAACCAUUUUACAACCCUCCGAUCACCAUCACGUCGCAUAUCGUAACUGUAGCUCAAUUCCCGGUGUACAUGGAACGCAUUUUUUUAAAUCAAACUCAAAGUCGGUCAAUUUCGGUUGUUCCUAAGUGGUACCUAACGUCCAAUUUUUUAACACUUCUUGCAGAUUUCAAUUACAGUAACGUUCCAUUAUUAAUGUAAAUAUUAAGUGUAAUAACAUGGCUGUUUAAUAUCACGAUUUUUGAAAUAGUUUCUGGAUGUACUCACACAGAAGUUUAUAAGUUAGCUUAGACUAACGAACCUAAACCUAGAAAAUAUUUUGUAAAUUAUUGAGAAAAGCCUAGUCUUUAAGUGUAUUUUUAAAUAUGUCGAUUCGCACUGAUGUAACUAAUGCCAUUAAUUAAUAAGCAACUAUUUUGAAAUAUUAAGGUUAAAAUGUGUAAUUAUAAUGUAAAAUCUAAUGUUAAUUCGUUGUAAUUUGUAAUGUAGCAGUCAAUGAAGCUAAGAAUAUUUCACAUCUAGGACGCCUAAAGAACGAAUUGUGUUAAAAAAAAAAUUUUUUUGCUCCCUCGUUAACGAAAGUCAACGCUCAAAACAGUUCCAUCAUCCAAUUAAUAAAAAAAUUCUUAAUUUAAAAAAGUUGGAGUGAGAUUCUGUACGAGUUGUGAAUAUAUUUCGGAAUAUUUUUGUGGCUUUCGGUCUUGGUUUUGUUGAGCCAAACGUCCUGUUCUGCACACAACAUGUAUUUUGAGAUUUGUACGUAUGUGUUAAACUGUGUAUUUCGCUUAUUCUAAAAUCUAUACUCAUAAGAUGUCUAUUCCCUUAUAAUUUUUGUAAAUAUCUUUCAUGUGAUUUUCAUUGAAAAUAAAAUUCUAAAUCGAG